CCAGAUCAUUUCCCCUGAUGCAACGUCCUUGGGGAGAAAAAAUCAAUAAACAAGGAAAAGGAGAAAGGAAUAGAGUGACAGGGAUUUCAUCAGACAGGAAUUUUUAUUACAACAAUUUUCGUGGGCAGUGAAAAUGGAGAUAAAUUCCUUGAUAAUUGAUUGUUCCAACUUAAGUGUUCCAGAGACUUGUAAGCAGCUGGUGGUGAAGCAGACCCACACCGUCUUUGGUCCAGACUUUUGGAAGAAAUGAGAGGAAACUGCUGAUUUUCCGUUUGAUUUUUCGGUUUUUUAAGUUUCGGUAGUGAGUUGAAAAUGGUUGAAGAAAAAGUUUAUAUUAGUGAUCUGUCCUACCCAAUAGAAGAAAAGAAGUGCCUCAUUUAUAGAAUUUUUGGUCAGGUUCCAGCUCGAUUAGUGCUUUACCUUUUGUCAUGGUCUGGAUUUUUGGUAUCUUUCAUGAUGCGAAACGACAUCAAUCUAACAAUUGUAGCCAUGGUGGAACAACCACAAAGGGUGGUAACAAACGCAUCGAAAGAAUAUUGUUAUGUUGUUGAAGAAACUAAUUCUAAUAUAGCUCCUUUGGACUACGGUGGCACAUUAAAAUGGACGAGUAAAGAGCAAAGCUAUAUUUUAGCUUCGUUUUAUUGGGCCUACAUUAUAUCUCAAAUAGUAGGUGGUUUGGCCACACAAAAAUUGGGCACGAAGCGGGUCUUCGGAUAUGCCCAAUUGGCAACGGCCCUCUGCAGUAUCUGCAUUCCUUGGGCCAGUGAAACCCAUUACGGCCUUGUGAUUGGAUUGAGAUUCAUACAAGGAUUUGCUUCGGGUUUAACUUGGCCUGCUAUGUAUGCUCUUGUAGGUCACUGGAUUCCUGUUCCAGAAAGAAGUCGCUUUAUGUCCAGCUUUCAGGGAUUCAGUAUUGGCAUCGGUAUAACUUAUCCCUUAUGUGGCUUCCUCAUCGCGCAUCUGGGCUGGCGUUCCGUGUUCUACACCACAGGCUCCAUAGGUAUCCUGUGGUGCGUGAUCUGGUACUUACUAGCCUUCGAUAGCCCCGAAACACAUCCCAGGAUCAGCCUAAGGGAGCAGCAGUACAUUAAAGAAAACACCAACAAUACCUACGAAAAUUCCAGGACGCAGGCCGUCCCGUGGAAAAAGAUUUUGACAUCGUUGCCGGCUUGGUCGAUUGGUGUUACGACGUUCGGAAGGAUAUGGGUACAUUACAUUUUUAUCGUGUCUGGUCCUACGUAUAUGAAGAGUAUUCUUGGAUUUAGUAUUGAAAAGAAUGGAUUACUUUCUGGAGCUCCUUUUAUUUGCAGUUACGUUGCAUCCGUUUUGUUCUGUUACAUAGCUGACAAGUUAAUAACCAAUAAUUAUAUGUCUCUAACAAACGUGCGCAAACUAAUGACUGCACUGUCUCAAGUGGUACCAGGAGUAUUGGUUUUGCUAAUCAGCUACUUAGGUUGUGACAUAAACCUGAUUCUUGUAGUUUGGUUUAUUGCUGUUACAGUUGUGACAGCUUCCUAUGCCGGAGCCAUGGCUAACGUAGUAGACAUAGCUCCCAACUUUGCCGGACCAGUAUUGGCAUUUGCUCAAACAAUUCACAUGAGCGCCAGUUUUCUGAGCCCUCUUGUAGCAUUCCACAUGCUGGAAGGUCAAGAACAAAACAUGUCCGCUUGGAGAAACGUGUUUUAUGUUACUUGCUUCAUAGCGGUCGUUACUUAUAUUGCAUUCCAGAUUUGGGGCACAGGAGAUGUUCAACCUUGGAACUAUCACGGCCUUCCCACAACAACUCCCGAACAAGAAGAACUAAUGAACGAAAAAUCACCGGAAAAAAAGUACCCAAAUAACACAGACGAGGUUCAAGCAUAAACGCUUUUUAUGUAACUUUAUUAGAAGAUACAAUAGAUAUGUAUGUCAUAGCUAAUUGAUUAUUUCAAAGGGGUUGUUCAAGAGGUAGACAAGAGAAUAACGAUAAUAAUGUAAAUAGGACGUUAGCUACUAGCGAAUACAUAAAAUCAUGUUAUGCAGUAACCGAAUUUUUUUUAGUUAAAGUGAUAUCAAUGUGCGUGAGUGACGUAAUAUUUUUCUUAAAGUUUGUGUUUUAAAUAGGGUCCAAAACGUUAUAAACAAUAUGAUUUUACAUCAAAGAAACCAAUUGAGUGAUAAUAUAUUUCAGCUAUGAUAUAAUAAGUAUGAAGCAGUCAAUAAUCGAUGCAGCAUUUUGGCUCUGUAUCGUGAAGAUAUCUAGAUUUUUUAAGCUUCUCUGAUAUAGAAACAAAGAUAAAAACGUACAUAUGAAAGUUUCAACUUACAAGCUUACCUACUUUAACAGAGCAAAAUUUAGACUAACACUAUUGAGAUUGGGAGAUUGGAAACUCUCUCAGAUAAUUCAACACAUAUUAAGGGGAGGGGGGAAUUUUGAAAUUUUAGAUUUUUUUUAUUAUUUUAAAUGAAAGUACAUAACUUCAAAAAUAAGCUUCUCUGAUAUAGAAACAAAGAUAAAAACGUACAUAUGAAAGUUUCAACUUACAAGCUUACCUACUUUAACAGAAAGCAAAAUUUAUACUAACACUAUUGAGAUUGGGAGAUUGGAAACUCUCUCAGAUAAUUCAACACAUAUGGGGAGGGGGGAAUUUUGAAAUUUUCGAUUUUUUUUAUUAUUUUAAAUGAAAGUACAUAACUUCAAAAAUAAUCUCUGAAAAUUGCAAAUUGAUCGCAGAAAAAUUAACGGAAAUACAGCAUGUUAAAUUAAUACCCCCCACUUUCGACUCUCUAUGCAACAGCUUCUUUUUCUCCCCCUUUUUUUUUGUAAAUUACUCCGCAAUUCAAAAACAUUCCGGUGUGCAUAAUUUUGCAUAUAUUUUUUUCUUUGACUUACAUUUUUUUUAUCAAAAUUGUUUUUUUUCUGCAUUUUAUUGCUUUUUUUUUGUUUUACACACAUUUUAUCUCAUUUCAAAAUUAUGAAAAUCAAAACUUUUUGUGUAACCAUUGUAUUGAGCUGAAAUUAAACUCACGGAAUAUGUGAAAUUAAGAUGGGUUAAGAUUAUAAUGUAAUUAAUAGAUUUAAUACAGUUUAGAGUAUAAUAAAUAAAUAAAUUAUUAUAGUCCAAGAGCCAGCGCUGGAAAAUCUCUUUGAAUUUACUAAAGCUAGAUUUUUUACAGUUGAUUACUGUGAUUGGGUAGAGAAACAUACUGCGGUCGGUCAAGCGAAACGUAGAACAGGGGUUACUGAGAGGGUAUCAAAGUUGCUUUACUACAAGGUAAUUAAAUCCAUUUACUAAGGCUGAAAUUAAGUACACACAUUCUAAAUUAAAUAUAAAUAAAAGUUAUUAUAGUCGGUCAGCUGUAUGACGGGACAGAGCCGGUCGGUCGGCCCCAGUGAAUGUACAGGGUUAUUCACUAUAUUUUGACCCCCUUGUAAACUGCUUUAUUUACAGAAUUAGAAAAAAUAUAAAAUACAAAAGUUAUUCGAUUUUUAAAUUAUGAUUUUUUGACAUAUAUAUCGUACUAGUGACGUCAUCCAUUUGGGCGUGAUGACGUAAUCGACUAUUUUUUUUAAUGGGAAUAGGGGUCGAGGGCUAGCUCAUUUGAAAGGUUAUUCAAUUCCCCAUUCAGGUAUAUAAAUAUUAACAUGAUUAAUUAUACAGGAUGUCCAAAAAACAUUUUUUUAAUUAAAUUAAUUGUUUAAUUAUUAAUAAAAAAAAAAUUUUUAACACCCUGUAUAAAAAAUGAUCUUAAUGUUUAUAGUACUGUAUAGAGAAUUGAAUAACCUUUCAAAUGAGCUAGCACACGACCCCUAUUCUCAUUUAAAAAAUAGUCCGAUUACGUCAUCACGCCUAGAUGGAUGACGUCACUAGUACGAUAUAUGUCAAAAAAUCAUAAUUAAAAUAUCGCAUAACUUUUGUAUUUAACUUUUUUUAAUAAUCUGUAAAUAAAGCAGUUUACAAGGGAGUCAAAAUAUAGUGAAUAACCCUGUACAUUCAUUGGGGCCGACCGACCGGCUCUGUCCCGUCAUACAGCUGACUGACUAUAAUAACUUUUAUUUAUAUUUAAUUUAGAAUGUGUGUACUGAUUUUCAGCCUUAGUAAAUGGAUUUAAUUAACUUCGUAGAAAAGCAAUUUUGAUACCCUCUCAGUAACCCCUGUUCUACGUUUCGUUUGACCGACCGCAGUAUGUUUCUCUACACACUCACAGUAAUCAACUGUGAAAAAUUUAGCUUUAAUAAAUUCAAAGAGAUUUUUCAGCGCUGCCUAUCCGUCUAUUAUAUUUAACAUUGAUUGAACAGUCACCUGUUAGCAUAUUUACAACGAAAAAUUAUUCGGUACUGCUGACACCAUUGACACUUCUUUGAAAUAAUCACAUCGUUCUCGAAUGAACAAUGAACUAAAAAGUAACUUCAUACAGUCUUGUGGCUGUGUAUGAGAGCAGAUGUAAAAUCAAAUAACAUACCAAAUGAUUAGUUUAGGGGUUAGGGUUAGAAGAGUUUUCUCAAUAUAUUCCCCACAUACGAUUGUGAUAAGCUAGAGUUUACAUAUUAUUUUUUUAGCUAACUUAAGAGUAAUGGAGCAAGUACGGGCAUGAAUACUUAUGUAUACUAUUUUUUUAUUAUAUAUUUUUAUAGUUUUUUUACUACAAAAACACGCUUACUUCGUUAAAAAUUUCUGACGUCAGAGCGUUCCCAAAACAUAAGAAUAUGACUUUUUAUCGUGGCCAUGUUUACAUAUUCGCCAUGAUAUACAUCGAAAAGCUGGGCGUCAUUACUUGUCGGAGAUAGUUUUCUUUGUUUUUGUUUAUUGUACAAAUAAUAUCUAUAAUUCUUUAUUCUAAUUAAUGAUGUCAAUCGGUUUUCAUUAUUUGCCGAAAUAUAUUAAUAACCAACAAUAUUGUCAUAAUGUAUAAUUAAUAAAAUACAUCAUUUAAUAUUUUACACACUUCAUAACGACUUCAAUCUUACACACCUCAUAACGACACGGCUUCGUUGUUUCUUUUAAUACAGGUAUCAUAAUAAUAAUCGAAUAAAAAAAAUUCAUUUGCCAGUUGAGAUGGCAGCUACUGCGGUUAUAGUUCCGGCGAAACGACUCUUCACUAUAGAGCACUUUCACCUCGGCUGAGUUCCGAUUCAUUCCACCGCAUAACUGCCGCUGGUCGGCCUCCUGCUAGCAACCGCUGGUUGAGUUCCUUUCAAUUUAGUAGGGGAGAGUAGGGUAAAGUGGAAUCUUCGAAAUUAAAUAAAUUUUACAAUUUUCGAAAUGGAAUUUUGUAAAAAAAACAUAUGACAGUAAUGUUUAAGAUCAAUAUGUCGAAAUAUAAAUUAAAUGGAGACAGUCAAUUUUUUGUAAUGCGAGGGUUUUCAGGCAUUGUCUUUUUUUCACUUUGCCCCGCAUGGUUGGGUAAAGUGAAAUAGUCUAGAGUACGAUUUGAAAUCGGCCUAGCUUCUUACUUUGCGCUUCUUCCUAAUGUUUUUUUCGGAUUUAAUCCUCCGAUUUAUCAUAGCAACAGAUAUACCGUGUUGCAUAGCAGCUUGAUUUUGGCAAAGGAUUCCCGUUUGCAAAGAUCUGAUUCCAGAUGUCAUUGACUACACAGACUAUUGUUGUUAGGUCGUUUUUCGUUUAUAAUUUCGCAUUUUACACCUGGAAAUACAGAUAUUCCUUUUUAAUGGUGGCAGUUAAGUAUAAUUACAUGUGGGACAAAGUGAAACGAUAUUUCACUUUGCCCCAUCUAUUAACAUUUCACAUUGCCCCAAAUGGAUUUAAAAGCAAACUUGUCCAGUAAAAAUUUUUAACCCUAUCCUAACAAUAUAUAUUUUAUAUAAAAGAAUGUUAAGUAUGAUUGCUUUUGUGUGUUGCUUUCAAAAAUAUGUUUAGUUAAAUAAGAUAAAAGAAUUAUCAAUUACACACACCUAGAGAUUUUACAAACAGUCGCCCAAGAAUGUAUAAAUAGUGAUAUUUUCAAUAAUAUCGACAAACGACCGGUACAAAAUGGUCGAUAAACGCGUACUACUUCUAAACAUCGAUUGGAUUGUAAACAGUGAUUACUUCCUUUGCGGAAGAAUUUGAAAACGAGCUAUUUCGCUUUACCCCACUAUUUCACAUUACCCUUCCCUCCACUACAUUGAUUGGAACUGAUUUCAUGAUUCUCCUUUCUCCUCUUAAAUACACUCUCGGUAGCCAUCACUCCUUGGUUCCAUCGGAGAGGUGGCACGUAGUGGGUUUGCGCUGGUAUCGAAGCGCAAACCGGUUCUCUUCUGUUGAUCUGAUUAACGUCAGGCUGAUGGCGUAUCGUUACAAUAUAUUUAAUUGAUUAUACACUAUGAUAAUAUUGUUGUUAAUUAAUAUAUUUCGGCAAGUAAUGAUUGACACCGAUUGACAUCAUAAAUUAGAAUAAAGAAUUAAUAAUAUUAUAGAUAUUAUUUGUACAGUAAACAAAAACAAAGACAAAUAUCUCUUACAAGUAAUGAUGCCUAGCUUCUCACUGUACAAGAAACAUCAGAAACCUUGAAUGACGUAAUCGUGUUUUUGUAGUAAUAAAACUAUAGAUUCAAUUCUUUUUAGACUUGAAUAAUUUUUUAUUUUUUAUACGAGAUUUUGUUUAAUCACAAGACAACAUAAAUUUGUCGAUGUCUUAAAUAGUUGAGUACUUAAAGUGUGGUUUGAGUUUGAAGUAGGAAUGAAUUAAAAUUGAAUGAAUUUGUACUAAAAUUGUACUUUUUUGUAUUGUUGGGACUGUAAAUGAUUUCUCUUCAAACUUGGUCAAACAAUAGCAAUAAACUGUGUAUCUAGGCUUUAAAGUAGUAAAUUGUUGCCAUUAUAGUACUGUUACACUUCUUUAUAAUUACUUUAUUUAACACCAACCUGUUUACAACACCGUGAGAGAACUAAAAACUUCAAAACAGAAAUAAUACUGCAUAGGGAUUACGAACGCUCGAUACGAAUCGUAUUCGCCAUGUUUUACUGUAGCGCCUUACGGUAAAACAUGGCGGAUACGAUUCGUAUCGAGUGUUCGUAAUCCCACCUCUGUUCUAUGAAAUGUCAAAUUCCUAUGUUUAUACACAUUUUCUGACGUUCCAGACUUCUUCUUUAGUUUAUUGGCCUCCACCUACUUGGGUAUUUGGCCAGCUCAUCGUCGCGGAAUAAGGCAAAAAUUCCUUAUUCACUUACAAUUUGGAGUUAGUACAUUGUACAAUUUGAUUCUUCUUCUUCUUUAGUUAACUGGCAAUUUUGGUUGGUGUGGGAAACGUUGCAGACUUCACUAGACGUUCCGGGAUUUUUCGAUAACAUCUCGAAUAUUCUAGAAUUUUAACACUUCUUCUUUCGUCAAAGGACUUAUUAUAUGCGAGAUCAAUCUUACGAAACUGUCAUAACACUGCUCCUCAUUUAUAGUUAUUCGCCUCGAAUAACUGGUGUAUCAGAGAUUGAUUGAAGACAACAAGGUGAAUCAGUUCCAUCGUAUGGAACUAAUCUCAAUACGAACCACCUUGGGUUUACUGUUACCUGAAAAUUGGAUGCAGUAGAUUAGAUCGUUUAUUUUUGGAAGACAGUGUAAAGUGUAGGGCCUUCCCAGUUUCGAUGAAGUUUCGGACAAAGUCAUUUCUUACAUGAGGAAUUGUAUACUGGGUCACCUCUUUCGAAAGUUGUUCCGGUGAGAUGCAUGUCCCUUCAACUUCAAGGUGAAGCAUGAACCUUUAAGAACAAUAACCGUUUUUCUGCGCAGGGAGACAAUCUUCAGAAAAUAAGAUCUUGAGGAAACUUCAUAUCUGUUCCGGUGAUGAUCAUCGAUGGAGGAUAUACAUUUGCUUGACGAUUAGUUUUUAUCUUUCAUUAUCUUAAAUUUUAUUGAUCUCAGUGCAACUGAAUGAAAUGUGUGCAACCUAAAUGCAACUGUGAUGAUAAAUAUGUGUCUUAUGUCUAUUUUAUUAUAAUAAAAUAUACUUUACUUAAGAAUGUUAAUAAUAUGUUUUAUUGUUUAUGGUUGAUUGACCAAGUUCUAUUUGAGAAAUUAACGAGUACGUUGAUUAUGACAAACUUUUAUUUUGCGACAAACUGUUUAUCCGACAAAUAAUUUUAGAGUAAUGCUGAUUGUUUUGUACAUAAUAAAUUAAAAAUUAGAAUGUGUUACAAUAUUUGCCCUUUUAGAAUUGCUCAAAUACAAAGGAGAAUAGAAGAAAAAUUUACGAUAUAAGACAAUCCUUUAUUAGAAAUGGAGGUAAAUCUCAGUGCAAGAUUGAGAAUGGUGCCUAGUAUUAUUGCGUAUUAAUUUUAUUAUUUUGUACAAUGGUAUACUUAGGAAACACUUAUUACGUUUUAGAUAUAUUUUUUAAGUCGUUAACUUAGUAUUAUUUAAAAAUUUGUAACCUGUAGAUUUCCUAUAACACUACACAACUUGUCACUAGUCACUUGUCAGUGCUAUCGAUAUUCCUACUGUUUGUGUUUUAUAUUAAACAUAAAUGUAAUGUGCAGUUCAAAUAAAAUGGUAAACGUGUAAAUAAAAUAAAUCUUUGUUUCUUUAUGAAAAAUAUCAACAUAAUGUGCACUUUUUUUAUUAGUAUUAUUUUUUUAUAACCAUCGGUGGUUUUUAGGAUUAGGAUUCUUCAUCGCCAGGCAAAGAGAUUCACGUUCAAAUUCCAUCGUGGUGAAAAUUUUAAAAUUUAAAUAAUAACUAAAAAAAGGCUCAACUUUUAAAACGACUAAAAAAUACUAAAAGAAGAAAGAGACAGUAUGGGAGCAUCCAUAAACUACGUCGUAAAAAAUUUGAACUUUUUAAUACCCCCCUCCGUCGUAAUUCGUCGUUUAGAGACGACCGCCUCUAUGUCGACGUCGUCGUUGCAACUCACGACCCCCCUUUCAUUGAUUUAAAAAAAAUCAAUAUUAUUUCUGUUUUUUUUAAUCAAAUAUGAGGGGGUAGGCGUAAAAUCUUGGUCCAAUGCUAUUUAAAUGCAUUAAUUUUUUUCGAAUCCUGAGAAAACUAAUACCUAAAUAUAUUUGAAAAAUUUAAACGCAGAAUAAAAUAUUACAUUAUUACCGAGGGUUGAAAGUCCUCUAGAAUAAACAAAAGGUUUCUUUUGAAUGAAAUAUUUAAAAUGAAAAAUCAGAAAAAAUUUUCCCUUUUUUUUUCACCCCUGUAACUUAUUAAAAUAAACAUUAUAGAUGUUUUCAGGAACUUUUGGCCCUCGGCAAUAAUGUAGUCUUUAAAUCUGCGUUUAAAUUUUUCAAAAAUCUUUAUUAGUUUUCUUAGUAUUCGAAAAAAAAAUGAAUGCAUUUAAAUAGCAUUGGACCAAGAUUUAGCGGGGUAUGCUUUCUUAACUGCAUCCUAUAAAUCUUUAUAUUUAUUUUGUUUUGAUUUCGAUGCCAUUUCUUCUAAAGUAUAAAUACGACUUAACUAAAUAGAAAACAAUAUUUUAUUUCUAUUCGUUCUUUCAGAACUGUUGUUUCUACUGUGAGCAAAUAAAUGAACUAACAAUUUAAUAUUUUUUUGCUUCCAGACGUUGUUCUGUUGAUUGUUUAAACCCAAAGAACAAUGUCUUAUUGUUUGUUGUCCUGUACAAAAGUGCUACCUAAUAUUAUUUUAACGCCGUGACUGAUAAAAACGAAAUGAAAAGAAUGCGAUAAAAGUAUCUAUAAUAGAAUUAUUCUUUUUAAUUUUAACAAAGGUAUAUUUAUUCGUAAACGUUUUGUUUUAUUUUCAAUUUCAUAUCAAAAACUAAACGUUUUUAUAUGAAUAUCUGAUACUUUAAUCCUGGUAGAAGCUAGUAAAAAAUUAUUUUUAUAGACACAAUAGCGACAAAUUUAAAUAUACCAAUAUAUUAAACGACGUCGACUGGGCACUCAUACCCCCCUCCGCCGUCGUACACCGUCUUAAUAAGUAAACCCCUCCCUCCCUCUUCUCAACGACGUAGUUUAUGGAUGACCCCUAUGGUGGUCUGAAGAAUUGAAAAAAGCAAGUAAAAGUGAAGAAAAAAGUAUGGAAACAGUAUCUGAAAAAUAAAAUAAACAGGAAUUACUAUAUAAUAAUUGUAUAAUAACUGAUAGUAAUGGUGAAAAUGAAAGAAAAAAGAUAAAAAAUUAGUAACAGCAGCAAAGAGAGAUAAUUUGAAAAAAAUCGGAGAUAAAACGGAAGAAGACAGCAAAAACAAGAAAUAUACAAAAAAAUGGAAUAUUAAUAGCAGAAACAAAACAAACAGUUAAAAGACGGAAACAAGACUUUGAAGUUUUUAAGAACUAAUUAACAGAUAUAAACCUAUACGACAUUAAUGCAGAACAAAAUAAUAUAUUGGAAGAUAACACAGAGGCCUCAAUAAACGAGAAAGAACUAGAAGAAGCAAUAAAAAUGUUGAAGUAUGGAAUAGCUCCUGGAGUGGAUAGAAUAACAGCAGAGAUUAUAAAGAAAACCUGAAAAAAUGGAGAUAAAUUUUACUAAAAAUAAUGAAUAAAAUAUGGAAUAAUAACGAUAUCCGGGAGAUUGGAAAGUGUCACCAAUAGUACCCAUAUACAAAAAAAAAGAGAGAAAAGAAUAUCAUAGCUUCCGAUGAUUGACAUUUCUAUACAAUUAAAGUAUCCGGAUCGAAGGACCAAAUUAUGUUUGUAAUUGUUGCUUAAAUUGUUCUUGAAGUGGACUGUAUUUUUUUAUUGCUAGUUCAACGUUGUUUUUGAUGUAAUUUGCAAAUAAAAAUCAGCAUGACAAAUUUUGAGACUGCUUUUAAUCGUGGAUGACAUAAGAGUAAGUUCUGUCAGGUUGACAAAAUACAAAAAUUGAAUACAUCUAAGGGUGGCGUGUGCCUAGUUACAAAGUCUAACAAAUAAAACAACUAACUUAAAUCUAUAGUUUUUAACACCAUGUGCAGCUGGUUCCAAAAAAAAAAACUGAUACGACUCUUAAAGCGUAUUUUGUAGAAAAUUGAGCAGUGUACUUUCUUCUUCUUUUUGUUUUUGGUCUCGCUGCAAGGCGAUUACCAGCACGAUUUAUAGGGGAUCUUGAUGUAGUCUGGCUCUAAGCCAUGUCAAAAUCGCUGACUAUGUUCUUGUAAAAAGCUUUUGAUGAGGUGUGAUAUUUUGAAGGAUGAAUACUUAUUAUUUACAUACUGUUACUGUCACUGCCAAAUCUUAAAAUUUGUCAGAUAACUUCAACUUCAAAAAUGGCUGUUUGUUUGUUUAUUUUAUUAUUUGUCUGUCAUAAUAAAUAUAAUAUAAUGUCAGACCAAUCAUACACUGCUCAAAAUGAUCAAAUCUUACUAAGAGUCGUAUCAGUUUUUUUAGGAACCAGCUGUACGUCUAUAAAAUUCUUGAAAAAAUAAUAAAAAAACACAAAUUUCUUCUUUUUCAAACUUGUUCUUGUAUAAUUUUUUUUUGUUGAGCGAUAUCUUUCGAGUACUAGGCGAAAAAAAUGCAAAAAGCAAAAAUUUUUUAUUUUUUUUAGAUUUCGUUAAAUAAAAAAUUAAGCACACGGUUUGCGACUGGUGCAUGUAGUGAUUAUUGAUAGAAGGUACAUCUGGAAGUGAUUCCAACAAAAAAUAGACUCCUAUGCAAAUUGUCAAGCCUAAAACAAAUCCUGCCUGGACUAAUAGUAAUAGUAACAUUGUUUCUCAGCGAAGAAUAUUAUUUUGACAAGUGAUUAGUAUAAUAUUCAGCAAAAAUAGAUUUUGUAUAUAAAAUUAGAAUAGUCCUUUAAUGGUUACCAAUAACAAUAAUAGUAAGAAUAAAUAAAAAUUUAUGUUUGUAAAAUUCCAGACAAUUAAUUACGACAUAGGUACUUAAUUUUUAAAAAUAAAAUGAUACAAAGGCUGUUUUAAGGCUUUUUUUAAGUUCGCAAUUAAAAACUUGGUCUUUUUUAUUUUUAUGUUACUCCCUUCUAUCAACCAUUAGUUAUGAGACGUGUUUUAUUUUCUCUAGAAUAUUUUUUAUUUUGAGGACGAAAUUAAGUUUAAUAAACUUAAUUUUAAAGUAAAAUUGUGGCUUAUUCCCAACAGAAAUAGUAAAUUCUUGGUCUCUUCAGUUCUACACUUUGUUUAAAAACUAAGAAUUAAAUUUUUUUAUUUAAACCUGAAAAUAUCACUAAAUUAUUCCAUUUUAUGUCUAAAUUUGCUUUCCUACAACGUGUAUCCUCAAAAUGAAGCAUUUUUGCGUUUCUUCUAUUCAAUUUCAGUUAAAUGUUUCAGCCAAAUGUUAAGCUGUAACACAUAUUCUUAGCUUUCCAUCUUCUUAGUUCAAGCGCGACUCUUGGUAGUAAGAUCUUUGUACCAUACCUUGUUAUAUUCAUUAAACUCUAAAAAGUCUUGUAGCCUCAACGAAGAUCAACAAUUAUUUCCUUAUUGGUAGUUCUAGGAUCUCUUCUGGUUCAAUCCUCAGUUGACCAGUGAAUUUUUGCCUCAUAUCACUUAGCACAUGGAGUGGCUCUCCACUUUUUCUGAUGAUUAGUGAUUGCCAACAAUCUGCUCGUUCAUUCUCUCAUGACGCGUCACCCAUAUUAAAAACACUUAUUAUCAAAGUAAGUUAUCAAUCGAAGUAGUACAGAAAACGACAAUAAAAUAUCGUUCCCGUACCACCAGAUUGACAACAGGUGGAAUACUUUCUUUGGUUACACCUUCUGAGAUUUUCCAAAUUUAUAAAUCAUACAGGAUGCCGAGGAAAUUAAAAUGAGAGAAUUUUAAAUAAUUCACAACUCAUCUGCUCAGCGUGGUAAAAGUUCCAACAAGAAAAAUUCCUUAAUACUCCUACAAAAGAGUAAAUGAAAUAAAAAUGUAUAAACAUUGGGCCCAAAGUGUGAUGCCUGAAAAAGUCGGAGAAAAGAGGGUAUGGGACUACCUAUGAGGGGGAAAAUACUCCGAAACCGGUAUAGACUCUUCCUGCACUCUCCGAUUUAACCAGAGCAUUAUGCAGCCGCUGCAUUUUCGUGUUGCAAAGAAAUUGAAAAUUUUUGUACAUUUUUAAUUCAUGUACUCUUUUGUAGAAGUAUUAAGGAAUCUUUCUUGUUGGAACUUUUUCCACGCAGAGCAGAUGAGUUGUGAAUUAUUUAAAAUUCUCUCAUUUUAAUUUCCUCGGCAUCCUGUAUGAUUUAUAAAUUUUGAAAAUCUCAGGAGGUGUAACCAAAGAAAGUAUUCCACCUGUUGUCAAUCUGGUGGUAUGGGAACGAUAUUUUAUUGUCGUUUUCUGUACUACUUCGAUUGAUAACUUACUUUGCUUUUCGGUAGAUGGCCCUAGUGCAUCCGUGACAUUUCUUUCUUUGCAAUUCGGAAAGGCCCAAAGUGUGAUACCUUGAAAAGUCGGAGAGAAGAGGAUAUGGGACUACUGAUGAGGGGGAAAAGACCUCCGAAACCGGUAUAGACUCUUCCUGCACUCUCCGAUUUAACCAGAGCAUUAUGCAGCUGCUGCAUUUUCAUGUUGCAAAGAAAUUGAAAAUGUUUAUACACACUUAUAUCCAGGGAGGUAGUGUCAAAUUUGACCGGAGCAUUUUAGCAUGGCUGCUUUCUUUUUAUUUAGUUAGGUAUUCCAAAGCUUAUUAACAAAUGAUGUGUCAGCUGGCCCAAAACCGGGGAUUUUAGACAAGAAAAGGUAAAAUAUGAAACUUGAUGGAAAAACGCUACAACUUAUGUUAAAUAUUUAUCUACGUGACUUACAACUCUUAAUAGCCUUGCUGACUUCUCUCCUAGCUUUCACACAGGCAAUCCGGGUUUAAAUCCUGGCGUUGAAAAUUUUUUUGUUUUUAAAAUUGACAUUUUAUUUUGAAAAAUAAUUAUUUUUAUAAUACCACUUUUGUAUUAUUUAUACGAGACAAUAUAAAAAAAUCUGUAUGUCUUUUAUAGAAUUAUGCAUAGAACUUAUGAAUUAGAACUAUGCAUUUGAUCAUAAAUAUUAUGACUGACCUUAAUAAGCAAAGUUGUUGUAAAUGAACCCCUGAAGCUUCCUGAGUUAGUACGACCAAUCUAAGUGAAAAAGGGGGUUGCCCUCCCCACCCCCUCCCGACAUUUUUUUUAUUUUUUGGACAAACUGUUUUUUCUUAAGAGGAAACAGUAGCGAUAAUAUUUUUUCGAGAUAUUUGGCACACGUAUUCGUAAUAUAAUAAAUAAUUUGAAAAAUAUAUUAAUAUGUGAAAAUUACUCUGUAAUUAAAUACAAUAUUAAAAAAAACGAGCCUGUACCGCCAUGAAGAAGAACAAAAAAAUACACUUUCUUCAAAUAAACUUUUUUAUCCAAUGCCUAGAUUUUGUGUCAUUUUGGAACUACUAAUAUUUUUUAUUUCAUUAGUAGUUCCAAAAUGACACAAAAUCCAGGCAUCGGAUAAAAAAGUUUAUUUGAAGAAAAUGUAUUUUUUUGUUCUUCUUGAUGGCGGUACAGGCUCGUUUUUUGAAUAUUGUAUUUAAUUACAGAGUAAUUUCUACAUAUUAAUAUAUUUUUCAAAUUGGGCUCUGUACCGCCAUUCUUUAUAAUAUUACGAAUGCGUGUGCCAAAUAUCUCGAAAAAAUAUUCAAAAUUACAGCCGCAAUCUUGGAACGCGUUUUGGCUACCUGUUGAUCGCUACUGUAUCACCUUAAUGUAAUAUGAUGUAGAACCAAAAGAUACAUACAACCCUAAUUUUUAACUUUUCUAUCACCAACCCCCAUUUUUUAAUAGCAAUCUAAAUAUUUCCCUGUUCUCUAUAAUAGGUAUAUAAAAAUGGAUGUUUGUCUGUAUGAGGAGCGAUCAAUCAAAACGCAAUAAAUUCUGUUUUUUAGAAUUUGAGUUAAAUUAAUAUUAAAUAGCUUUGUCAUGAAAUAUAUCCAGUGGUUACAGCCAAUUCCUUCCAAACGCAAUAUAUCCAAUAGAAAAUAGCUAUCGAAAGUGUGCAAAUCAAUCAAAACACAAUAAAUCCAGUAUUCCGCUGAAUAACGCCCUUAUUAUAAAAAUAAUUAUUUUUCAAAAUAAAAUGUCAAUUUUAAAAACAAAAAAAAAAUCAACGCCAGGAUUUGAACCCGGAUUGCCUGAGUGAAAGCUAGGAGAGAAGUCAGCAAGGCUAUUAAGAAUUGUAAGUCACGUAGAUAAAUAUUUGACAUAAGUUGUAGCGUUUUUCCAUCAAGUUCCAUAUUUUACCUUUUCUUGUCUAAAAUCCCCGGUUUUGGGCCAGCUGACACAUCAUUUGUUAAUAAGCUUUGGAAUACCUAACUAAAUAAAAAGAAAGCAGCCAUGCUAAAAUGCUCUGGUCAAAUUUGACACUACCUCCCUGGCUAUUAUUAUCUUUCGCCAGGUUUUUGAGGAGAUCUUUGUAGUUCUUCACCAGUUAUGAUUUUACGAGUGGGUCCUUUACUGCGAAAAUAGCUGCUUGGAUAUCUGUAUAAAGUUCUUUGAGUCUCCAUCCAUGAUUUCAUCAAUGCAGGCAACCAAAGCAAAAACUUUAGCCUGGAACAUGGUUGUCUAUUGACCUAGGUUGUAAGAUUUAUUAUACAUAAUUACAUGUCUGCCCAAAGACUCCUGAUCCAGUAUCAUACAAACAGGGCAGUUUUAGAUCUAUCACUGUACCAUAAUAGGUCCAGACGUCACAACGUAUUGGUUAUAUUUGAUAAAAUGAGAGAAAAUUGCUGUCGUUGACAAAACAUAACCUAAAAAACAUUCCCGCCCAUAGAUUUAUAAUACUCUAGAUUGCGCCUUAAGAUCUUAAAAUGGGUGACGGUUGCGACAGAGAUAAAUGAGCCUAUUUGGUCGGUAGUCUCUUUUUAAUUUAAGGGGAAUAUCGACGACAUGACUAUCCCACUUUAUCGAGUAUUAUGUAUUGACAGUUCGAGCGGGUGGUGACGAGAAAUGGUCUUUGGUCUUCGGACGUGGAUAAUCGUGGUUCGAAUCCCAUACCAACUUUACCUUUUUUAUUUUUAAUUUAAUCAAUAUUGCGUUUAUUAGAUAUUUUUACAUCUGAAAAAUGGACCUAAGUAAAUCUAGCAGAUAAUAAAUGUAUGUAUAGUAAGUUAAUAUUGGAAUACAUAAUUAUUUGUGAACUGCAUAGUAAAAUAAAAGUCAUUCGUUAUUAAUAUAAAUUCGGCCUUAUUCGAAUGACGUGAAUAAUGUUUGUAGUGCUUCUACCUUUUUAAAAAAUUGUAAUAAUAGUUUCAUAAAUAAAAAUAAUGUCUAAUUACUUAUAAUUGAAUCGGUCAUUUCAAAAACAGCAAAGUCCACAAUUUUCAGAAACUAACUUUUUGAGAGGAAUAGACUCCUUUAAGAUAAACGUUGUGUGCAAAAACGACACCAGUCCAGUAAAAACAUUAGGAACAAAACUACAAUAUAACUCUGAAUUUUGAUGUCAUCCAUUUCAUCCAUCUUUCGACUAUAUAGGUAGUUUUCUUUGCUCUUCUGUAAAAUUAGGAAUAUGUGACUCGUGUCUCGUGUUGUUUUUGAAAUGACCGAUUCAAUUAAUAAAUCGAUGAUGGUACAUUAUGUUGAUAUUAAUUAUUGGUAAUUUGUACGAAUAUUUUUAACAAUUACUUUAUACUAUUGUACCAUUAACUUAUUAAAAAAAUAACAUUGGCUUUUAUAUUUUUAAAAAUCUAUAGGUACCUACACAGUUUUUCUUAUUUGUUAUAUAUUUCUUUGCUUAGAUUUAUUUUAGAGAUAUAAUAAUAUCUAAUAAACGCAAUAUUGGUUAAAUAAAAAAUAAAAAAAGUAAAGAUUGGUAUGGGAUUCGAACCAGGAUUAUCCACGUCCGAAGACAAACGACCAGUUCUCGUCGCCAUCCGCUCGAACUGUCAAAUCAUCUAAAAUACUCGUCGAUAGAGUAGGAUAGUGACGUCGUCGAUACUCCCCUUGAAUUAGAAAGAGACUACCGACCAAAUAGGCUCAUUUAUCUCUGUCGCAACCGUCACCCAUUUUAAGAUCGUAAGGCGCAAUCUAGAGUAUAAUAUAUCUAUGUUCCCGCCAAUACUAAACUUAACCUUGACAGUUUUAUCCAAAUUUAAAUAAAUGAACACAAGAGGCACCAAUAAAGAAAUAACGAAAAUGAGACAAUAAAUGACAAUUAGAAUGUCAUUCUUUGAAUUAAAGUAUCACUUUAGUUUUAACCAAGGUAUUAGCACGGUAUAUAGAGGUUCCACAGUAAAAUCACUCCUCUGUCGGCGCUUUGAUCUCAAGAAGUAAUACCGGCAGUACGCAAUUGGUAAUUCACCAGUGGUGGAUGCGGGUUUUCCCUGUUAAAAUCCAUACGUUUCUAUGCGACUAGCAAUGCGAGAGUGGGGCAAAAGCGACUGCCAACAUUGCGCAGUCGCCAUGCGCGACUACAGAUUUUACUUCCAAUUUUUCGGAGAGUGGUUCUACUGUCCCUCUUUAUACUGUGGUAUUAGUCCUAUCGCCAGGGGGUACAACGGCCUCCUUUAUUCAGAUGGAUUUGUCGCAAGUUUUUUUAUGCAUUUUGACCCGUAGAACACGAAUUUUUUGGAUAACAGUUGAUCCGGAUGUCGAUAAGAUUGUUAUAAACAAAGUACUUGAGGAAUUACAUAACAGCGAUUUUUCGCAAGACAAAACAUUUUUUUUUUGUAUUUUUUUGGGUCAUUCUAAGCAAAAAAUGUUCUUACAAGUUUUUCCGUAGGACUUCGAGAUAAACGCGGUUGAACUUACAAAAAAUCGAAAAAUUGCAAUUUUUGAACCCGAAUAACUUUUGAUUAAAAAAUAAAAUAGCAAUUCUGCUUACUUCAUUUGAAAGUUCAAGUAAAAUUAGACCGGUUUUGAUUAUUUGCAUUGCUAAAGAUUAAUUUUUUAUUGUUAAACAAAGCUAUAAACACAUAGUGCUUGAGUGAUGUUUUCAAUGCAUCUCUCAUUUAAAAUCGAACGAGUAGGCGCGCCUACAAACGGCAAUUUCUACGUAGCAUGCAUUUGCACGGGUCAAAAUGCUCAAACACUAUUUGUUUAUAGCUUUGUUUGACAAUAAAAAAAUAUUGUUAGCAAUGCAAAUAAUCAAAACCGGUAUAAUUUGACUUGAACUUUCAAAUGCGGUAAGCAGAAUUGCUAUUUUAUUUCUUAAUCAAAAGUUAUUCAGGUUCAAAAAUUGCAAUUUUUCGAUUUUUUGAAAGUUCAACCGCGUUUAUCCCGAAAACUAUGCAUCAUACGAAAGAACUUGUAAGAACAUUUUUUGCUUAGAAUGGCCCAAAAAAUACGAAAAAAUGUUUUGUUUUGCGGAAAAUCGCUGUUAUGUAAUUCCGGAUCAACUGUUACCAAAAAAAUUCGUGUUUUACGGGUCAAAAUACAUAAAAAAACUUGGGUAAGUCCAUCUGAAUAAAGGAGGCCGUUGUACCCUUCCUGGCGACAGCACUAUAUAGUGAAUUUUUAAAUAUUCUUCUUUCUGUGCCAUGCCAGAUGAUCUUACAUUGGCUAUCAAAUUGGCUGUACUCAUUUUGUUGACGGCAGUUCGGAAAAGGAAAGGGAAUUGAAGGAUCUAGAUCUCUUCAACCAUUCGCUCAGGUUUCUAAGCCAUGAUGUUCUUCUUUGACCUGACCCUCUUCCUCUGUUUGUUUGACUUACGAUAUGAGAGAGAAUAUUUUCGUAGUAUAUUGUUUAUAAUUUUUUCUUAAUGUUGACAGAUGUUAAAAUUACAGUGUCGUAAUAAUUUAAAGGAAUUCCUUUUGUGAUGUGCGUAAAAGCAAGUGUGUCAAGUAAAAUCUGACAAUUUACUUGAUGCGUUAUUUAUUGUAAUGUAAACAUUUAUAUACACAGCCCUAUAUUGAUGUUUUCAUUAUUACUAUUAUUAUAAUUAAAAGUUUAUAAAAAACAGUGAUUUUAGCUUUUUUGAUAUAUGUUUCAAUAUUGAUAAAUCUCUUAGAGUUGUUCCACUUAAGUUAUGAUAAAUAUUUUUGUAUUACGGGAUAGUGAAAAUAGACGAUGUGGAGAUGAAUAUUUACUAAAAUGAAACACUAAAUAUCUUAUCCAUUGUGUAAAAUUCUAUGUAAGCACUGUAAAUGUCUGCUUCAUGGUAUGUUCUGCUAGAUGUUAUCUACUUGUGUAAGUUAUAGUUAAUCAAAAUGAAGUCUUAAAAAAACAAUAAAAUCCUUUAUAAAAGGUAUAUAUUUAAAAACCCUAUAAAGGGCUACAUCACAGUUUUCGAUUGGUUGACCAAUAAUCAUCAGUACUUACGUGAAGUUUACAUGCUAACCACCAAGAUAUACUUUUUCAAAAAUAUGUGGGUCAAAGCCCUUUACAAGUAAUCCGUCAAGGAAACAUCGGUUAAAAAUGCUAACCUAAGCAUGAUGUUUAAAAUAUUUCAUUAAUACGCCCAGGUAACAUCUGAGCUAUGCAGUGGCGUAACAAACUCCGUCGGGGCCCCCCCGCAGAAUUUGAAAUGGGGCCCCUUUUAACCCGGGAGCAGUCGCGCCGUUAGAAAAAAUCCAACUUUUUAUCAUUUUCCGUGAUAACUUAAUGAAAAAUUUUUCAACAUAACUUUCCACUUGUAAGUGCCUCGAAAAAGAUUGUAGUAAUGCGUAGGAUUUUUUUAAAUUCUUUAAUUUCAUUUUUAUUUUUUUUGUGGAAUUUAUGGCUUUGGUGGGAACCAAUUAGUUUUAAAAUUGUUAGAAAUAGAUAUUUUUAACAUAACAAGCAAACAAAAAUAUUAUAUAAAAUUGAACUUUGUUUUAAAUUCGUAUUGUUAGAUUUUGUUCUACACGCGACUGCUUAACAUGACAGAAGUGAGCGCAGGAGCGUCAUUUGAAAUUUUAAUAGGGGGGCAAGCAUUAUAUAUACAAUACAUUUAUAUGCAAACAUAAUACAAAAUUGAUCUAUUUUUUGUAAAUUUCAGUAAUUUUCAGGGUCAGGGGGGCAAAUGCCCCCCUGCCCCCUAUCAAAUGACGCCCCUGAGUGAGCGCGACUGCUCCCGCGUUAAACAAUUACUAAAUACGACUUAUUUAACAAAAACUUUUUUGUAUUAGCGUUAUCAUUCACUGUUCAUAACAACUUACAUUUCUCAUCUUUAUUGGUAUACAGACCCAUUCCAAAUAAACAACUUCUUUUGUUGUUUCCUGUACAACUUACCUACAAUACAUUUAAUAACCAGCUUUAAAAAUAGUAAAUGUUAAAACAAUUCUUUCUUGAUUUCUUAUAGUGUUUUUGCGUAGCUUGGAACCUAUGGGUAACUUUUUUAUUACAUAUCUAUAUUACGAAAAAAAAGUUAUUCUUCAUAAAAUGCUCUGCAUGGUAUAAAACUUAGUUAUUAAAUUUUAUUGAUUUUAUACGAGGUAUAUCAAAAAAUAUUAAUUUCGCUCAAUAGUACCUACACCACCUUUAUAUUUUACAAUAUUGAAAAAUUUUAUUAUAAAAAGUUGUUCGCAAUUAAAAACUAUGUUUAAAUAUGCAAUUAUAUCAUUCCAGUUGAAAUAUUGUGAAUUAUAAAGGUACUUAACUCUUAGAGAGAAAUUCAUAUUUUUCGACAUACCUCGUAUAAAGUAGGUAAAAUGUGAUAUAUUACGAUUGAAUCUUCGUUUUUAGAUAAUGCAGAGCUUUUUAUAAAGAAUCUGAUAAGAAUUUUAUUAAGAAUUUUUUCGUAAAAUUAAAACAAUAAUAAAAUAGUUAUUAUAAUUGUAAUAAAAUGAUGUUGGUUAUCGGUAAUUUGAGAAAUAUUUGGAAAAAUUAAUUUUUUAUUUACAAAGAUGUAAUUACAUAUUAAAAUUAAAAUCGUAUAUUGUUAAAUAUAAAAGUACUUUAUCCUUGAGUUAAAUUCCUAUUUUUUGACUUACCUCGUAUAAAAUUGAUAAGCUUUGAUAUCUGAUGGUUUAUCUGGCUUAUUUUGUAUCUCAGAUUUAAGACCAUUCAGAGCAUUUCAUGAAGAAUAACUUUUUUCGUAAAAUAGAUAAUAAAAAUUUUUCCCAUAUGGUUCGAAGCCACGCAGACAUACUGUAUAAGUGCUCAAAAAAAUUUAUUUUGAAUUUUCAAAUUGUAAUGUCUCGGGGCCCCGCGAUUGUAAUCGCGUUAUACUGCCUUUAGGCAAUAUAACGCGAUUAACAACCUACAUUAUAGCCGAAGAAUGUAAGUAACAUUAUAUGUAGUAUACUUUUUAUGAAAACAGAAAAGAUGUUAUAUUGAUGGUAAAUAUUUAGCUUAAAAUAAUGUGAUUUCAAUUUUUUUUUGUGUUGGUCAACUAACAUAGCAAUAUGUAGGUAGGUACAGGAAACUUCAGUCAUGGAGUACAUUAAAAUGCGUUUUCAAGUGGUUAAAUAUCAAUUUCCCGGACUCCUUCUGCUGGGUGAUUAACCCCAGACCCCCUGAUAGGGGCCCCCUGAUCACGUUUGCCCCGGGGCCCCAACAUCGUACUUAUGGCCCUGAUUUAAUGACAUAUUCGAAUUCAGCAUAAUCAAAAAGCAAAUAGAAACAUUUUUGAACAAAGUAAAAUGAUGAAUUCACCGAUAUCUUUUAAAAUUAUUUAAUAUAAAACAGUUUUAUUGUUUAAAGAAUUAAUAAACAAUUAGAGGCAUCUGUGAGUAGAACUUUUCACUUUAAGAUAAGAUAUAAACUAACAAAAAAUGUUUUAGAAAAAUAUAAGUUUGUUUGAUUUUUUCCGAAACCGAAACAAUGUAAGUUUUUCUACAUUGACUUCCCUAAAGCGUAAGUGUUAUAAUUUCCUUAUCUUACCGCUUAUCUGUUGAGAGAUUGUCCAAUGAUUACACAAGAAAAGUCGUCAAUAAUUGUUAAAUAAAUGCGUACCAAACUGAUGCAACUAUAAACGUAAAACAACACAAACAUAAAUAACAUUCAAUGCAAAUAACCAAUAUGAAAUUACUGGCGAUAAUAUUGUAUCGAAAUACUAAAAGUAGAUAAAGAACAGCGAGAAAGAAAACCCAUUUUUAGAUUUAAAAAUAUUGUUCUUAAAUUCGGCAAAUUGCAAUUCUAAUAUCUUUCAAUAGUCACGUACAAAGCAUUAUAUACCUAUUAGUUAUUGUCGCUGCCAUAAAAUUUCGGUAGGCCGGAAGGGAUUAAGUUUCUAGAUAUUAUGAGGUGAUUCACUUGGCAAAUACGUCUAUUCAUAGUUAGAAAUUUUUUCGUAUUUAAAUUUAAACAGACAACGUAAAAAUAAUAUAACAAUAACAUAUUUUUACAUAAUAUCAGAUGACAAGAUGGGGCCCUUAAGCGAUUGGGGCCCCCCCGCAAGCUUCAUGCUGCGGGGCCCUCUGUUACGCCCCUGGAGCUAUGGUUUUACUUGUUCACAUGGUGACAGUAUGGCAGCAAGUGUCACUUGCUGAUAUUAAAAAAAAAGUGUCACUUGCUGCCAUACUGUCACCAUGUGAACAAGUAAAACCAUAGCUCAGAUGUUACUUGGGGCGUAUUAAUGAAAUACAUAUAUUUUAAACAUCCAUGCUAAGAUAGCAUUUUUAACCGAUGUUUCCUUGACGGAUUACUUGUAAAGGGCUUUGACCCACAUAUUUUUACUAUAUCUUGGUGGUUAGCAUGUAAACUUCACGUAAGCACUGAUGAUGAUUGGUCAACCAAUCGAAAACUAGUUCUGUGAUGUAGCCCUUUUUACGGCCGGUUUUACAAAGUAAAGUUAAAUUGUGGUUAAGAGAUAAGAGGCCGUUCAAGUAUUACGUAACGCAGGUGGGGGGGGGGGGGUUCAAAAAUCUUCAAAAAUUGCGUUACGCAAUAGUUAAACGCCCAUUAGAGUGCGUUACGUAGGGGGGAGGGGGGUCAAAAAUCUUCAAAUAUCGCGUUACGUAAUACUUGAACGCUUCCUAACCAGAGGUUACCCCAAAUUAUGCGUUUUAGUUUCAGGUCAACGGCGAAGUAUGGUUAACUCACAGAAUUUUUAAUCGGAGGUUGGAGUGGGUUACCGUUAUGGGUAUACCCAGAAGAGUAACAAUUAUGAAACUGAAACGCAUAUUUUGGGGUAAUUUUGAGGUUAUCUCUUAACCACAAGUUAACUUUACUUUGUGAAACUGGCCGUUAGGGAUUUUAAAUAUAUACCUUUUAUAAAGGAUUUAAUUGUUUUUUGUAUUACGUGGUAUACAGCCAACUACAGGAAAACUUUUUCCUUGUGGAAGUCUUUUUACUGAUAAAAAGAAUGUGUGUGUACUUUUUACGCACGAAAGAACAAAAGAACACCAAAAAUAAAAAAAAAUAUGACUUUGUCCGGAUUUGAACCUGUCGAUCCCUAGGCGAAUGCUCUACCGAUCAGCUACCACCACUUUUGUAUUCAGUCGAUCAUUUCUAGGACAUAAUUACAAUCACGGUGACAGAUACAUUAAUUGAAAAUAAACAUUUUCAAUAAUACUUAUUAGGAGGAAGACAUAAAAAUUAUAAUAAAUAUAUUUACUAAAAACACUAAUAAUAUAUCCUUUUCACGCACACCUUAUUUGCGUUACAUAACUUAAAAGAUGUAGCGACUAAUACCAUACUGUCGGUGUGCGCAUGCGCCAGGGAAUGUAAAAAAUUCACCCUCGUACCUAAAGAAGUAUAACUUCAACAAUUCUACCUCUAUCUGCAGGUGAUUUUCGAGCCAUCUAGGAGGCGCUCACUCGCAAAAUUUGAGGAUACUCUUAAAUUGUUUGACUAAUUGAGGACUUUUAUAAUUUGACGAUUACCUUGUCCUUGAGUGACGACUAAAUUUAUGUUCUGAUUUGUGUGAAUUUAUUACUGUUCUCAAAAAAAAAAACAAUAUUUAUCUGAAUAUAUUUAAAAACAGUAUCUACUCCUAUCUCUAUAUUAUUAUCAAUGUACCAAGUGUUUCUUGCAAAUUUUGGGAUUUUUACCAAAUCAACUAAGCUUACACGUUUUUAAACAAUGGAUAUAUGUACAUAUUUAGUAAGGCUUUGCCCAUUAUAUACGUCAAGAUACCUACAUAUUAAGAAAAACUGUUAAAAUUAUUUGAAAUAAAAUUGCUUGUGUUCAGCUUUAAACUUUAAACUGUUACUUAAACCCUAAAAAUAUAUAAUAACCAUAUACUUAUUUAAUAGGCCAAGUUUUGCAUAGAUUAAUCCAGCGCUCACGACGCAACUGUUUUAAAACGACGAUUGGAAACUAGUUGGAAACCAGCUUUAGGCGGAUCGCAUGGUGGGUGAAUCCCCGUGCUUUUACGCUGCGGUGAUAACAAGAGAGUUGUGAGUGCAAUCGAUUUCAGACUGUAGUUUUAAAACAGUUGCGCUGUGGAUUCUGGAUCUUAAUGUCAUCUUAUAUCCGUCUAUUGUACUAAUUAGUUGCAUCUAUUUUGAAAUUUGUGCCAAUAUAAUAAUAUUACGCCUAUGAAUACAUUCCUGUUUAGGUAAUUUUCGUAGAAUUUGAUAGAAUGGUCCAGCCAUCAGGAUUUUUCAUUCAAAAAAUAUUUAAAUCAAAAAUAAAACUGUUGAAUAUUAUGAAUUAUAAUAUUAUGAAGUAUAACAUUUAAUAUUUUUCCUUUCAAGAUGGCUUGUAGAAGGACAAAUAUCAGGAUAUUCUUUUUCUUCCUGGACCUCGCUUUCCAAAUAUUUUGACUUGCAGGAUAGCUUGUAAGAAAGUAGAUCUAUUAGAUUUGUUCCAACAAGAGGUCAAACCAGUCAGAAAUUGUCAGCGAAAAGUCUACUAGUGCGAGUAAAGGGGAUAGCACUGAUGACUUUAUUAAUGUUCUCCCACUGACCAACUGUUUGGUGACGACUUCCGUCUGGUUUGACUGUUUGUUGGAACAGACCUAUUAUUUCACAUAAUUUGUCUGAAGUGUUGCAGCUUUGGACAUUUGCAGCGGAAGGUGGCGACAUACUGCAUCACAUCGAAACAUAUACGUAAAUAAUUGAUGGAUUCGGCCGUUACUUGAUGGAAGUUCAUUUUGUCUAACAAUAAAACACUGAAAACGUUUGUUUUCUAUACUUCCACAAAAUUUAUUAUAGCUAUGUGACUACAGCUGUUUCGGCAGAGUGCCUUUCUCAAGUGAUUUAGUUUACUAUGGGUUUGCCUUUUUAAAGUCUUUAACUGAAGAGGUUGAGGAGUGGGGAGCUGUUUAUCUCGAGUUGGUCAUUCAGAAUUAUAUCUGUAUUUUUUAAUUUAUUAAUUUCCAUAGAUUUUAAUAAAGAUAGCUUAGAACGGUAGCUAGAAACCUACCCAUACUGACACAACUAUACAAAAUUCAUCAUCCCAUCCUACACAACACAAAUUAGCAGCUUACCAUAGCGUGAUACAUAGACUGACAGAAAUUCCCAUGUCAAAAAAUAACUUCGAAAUAGAACUGAACAUCAUUAAACAAAUAGCAGUAAACAGUGGCUAUAACGAGAACAAACAAUUAAUAAAAUUUUAAACCAAAAACUCCAUAAGAAGCCCUGAAAUUAGUCUAUCCACCACCACAGAAAGAACCCAGUACCUUCUGCUCUAUCACAUACUGACAAGAAAACAACAAAAAUAGCCAGAUACAUAAAAAAAGGAAUAAUACCAGCUUUCAGAACUAUUAUUUAUUUUGCUCAACAGGCCAUGUAGGCCCUGGGCGUGAAAAACACAAUUACAUUUUUUUUACUAUACAUAUCUAAAAUAUACAAUAUUAAUUUGUCUAUUUAAAAAAUACAUCAUAUAAAUAUAUACAUAUAUAUAUAGCUCUCAUUUUACAAUUCAUGACACAUUCUUCUGUUACAAUUUCUCUUGCGCUCUUCUUACCACUCCUCUCCAUUCUUUUGGGUCUAAUACCUUGUUUCUCCAGUUAUCUAUCUUUAAUUCUUUCAAAACUAACAACUUACGCAAAUAUAUUAAGAACAAUAAGAGCCGAAAGAGAAAACAACUACAGAGUGAUGUCUACAAACUAACUUGUGGUGACUGUCCAAAAACUUACAUCGGUCAAACUGGCAGAACCUUUGACAAACGGAUAGCAGAACACAAAAGGGCUUUCAACAAUAGAAAAACAGACACUUCUACAUACGCACUUCACCUUCUAGGUCAUAAUCAUUCUUUUAACGAAGAGUUUCAAAUUCUGCACAUUCAAAAUAAAGGCCUUAAGCUAUCUUUAUUAGAAUCGAUGGAAAUUAAUAAAUUAAAAAAUACAGAUAUAAUUCUGAAUGACCAACUCGAGAUAAACAGCUCCCCACUCCUCAACCUCUUCAGUUAAAGACUUUAAAAAGGCAAACCCAUAGUAAACUAAAUCACUUGAGAAAGGCACUCUGCCGAAACAGUUGCAGUCACAUAGCUAUAAUAAAUUUUGUGGAAGUAUAGAAAACAAACGUUUUCAGUGUUUUAUUGUUAGAUAUACAUAAAUUAUUACUGCACGGAUCUUUUGAUUGUCUGGAUCAUUCUAUAUCUUAUAAGCACAUUAACAUUGUUGUUUCCUUAAAGAUGUAUUUAGCAAUUGUGUAAAUUAAAUAUUUCAAAUUGAACUGCAAUCGAUGGAAAUAUCGUUCUGCACAAAAACAGCAAAGCGCAACUGGUGAUGGAAGUUUCAGAGUAAAUAUUUUGUUUACAAAAUAAAAGUAUUGAAGUAGAUAGAAAACUUAAUAUAAACAAUACAAAUAUAUUUUUUUCAAAGUAAA